AUGGCCCAGCUUGUCAGAGGAAUGCCAUUAGCCGGAGAAGAAUCCGGAAGUUGGAAUCAGAAGCAGAAAGUCUGCGUCCUAAAGAAAUUGAAACAGAAAAGUUGGUUUCAAAACUGGGAGAAGAUUGACACGCUGUCUAAACAAGAUCUAUCGCUGAAAAUUUCAGCAUUGGAAAUGGAGAACAAAGAUAAUGCAGAGAAAAUGCAAGUAGAGAUACUGGGAAAAACAGAAGAAAUUGCUAAUUUGGAAAGGGAGUGUGAGAAACAUGCGGAGCAGAAUCAGGCAAUGCUGAUAGCUGCUGAAAGAAAACUUGUGGAAGCGAGGAAGCAAUAUGAUGUGAUGCUAGAAAGCCGACAAAGUUGUAGGAGAAAUGGAAGAGAUGUGACCAGAAGGUUGCAGAGUGCAAAGAAGAAUCAAGGCUGCACUUGUUGUGCAUUCAAGAGGAAAUUUUGCUUUAGUAUGGCAUGGAAACUAGUGCAACUUAAGAUCAAGUUGUUUGUUAUUCUCUUUCAGCAUAAGUGGGCUUUCCUAUUGCUAGUUCUUGCUGUUAUGGUCACUCGAUUUCAGCAAAAGCAGGAUAGAAAGGAACUAAAUCUCAGAGCUGACCAUAAUGAGGAGCUAAAACGUGCCCAACUUCAGGCAGAAGAUGAACUCAGAGAGGAAGACAGGCAGAGAGCUCUAUUGCAACUGCAGUGGCAGGCAAAAUACACCAAAACAUACACAGAAAACACAUAUACACAAGGACGAGCAAGCAUACUAGGCAGACAUAGAUCUUCUAGUUCUUGUUAUAAGCUAUUUGUAGUCAGAAACCAUACUCUGUAUGGUUUGCCCCGGAGUAGGAUUCACAUGUGGAAUCUUUCAAUAAGCAUAUAUCAAAAUAUCAAGAAGAGAGAUUCUGGCAUCGGGAGAAGAACUCAAGAUGCUCUGGUGGGGCCAGAGAAUGAAGAGAAGGAAUCACCAUUCCCAGGUGUAACACAAACACCAGUGUCAAAAUUGUUGAAGAAAGUAGAAAAUACCAACACAGGAAGUGUAAUGAGCAUUUCUAAGCAUAAUAAGAAGGUAACUCACCAUGAAUAUGAAGUUGAAACUACAAAUGGAAGAACAGUUACAAAACGAAGAAAAAUGAAAAGUACAGUCUUGUUUGAGGAUCCAAGGAAACAUAAGAAGGUGCGGACACCAAGAGCCAAUACCCCCAGAAGUUUGGUCAAGGGAACUAAGGGAAGUCAUCCAAAUGCUUCAAACAUUGGUGACUUGUUAUCAGAAGGUUCUCUAAAUCCCCAUGUAGAUGACCCAUACGCAUUUGAUUAA